CAGUAGAGGGGGUGAACUAUCUUGACGGUGAGUUUCAGUGUUUCACUGCUGUCUGCCAGUAAUGUACAGUACUGGAGAUGCCAAGAUGGCUGCAAGCAAUUAUUUCGGCUUCACACAUGCUGCCGGUCCGCAAUACAGUACCCAGCCUCCCCCGGCCUACUCCCAUCCCUCUACAGCCAGUUACAGUGUCCAGCAGGCUCCAGCUGUGGCUCAUGCAGUGACUGCAUCCUACGCUCCAGCUCAAGUGCAGGCAGCCCGGCCUGUGGUCACUGCCCCUUACCCUGCCUAUCAGAGCCACCAGGCCCCUCCUGACUAUGCCUACAGGCAGCCAGAUCCCCCAGCACCCCCGCAGCCGACCACCACCCCACAGACGUACCAGGUAUACUCGGACACGGACAACUACAGCUACGGUCGCCCUGCAGCUGUGACUACCUAUGACAAUAAACAGUACUACCAGACAAGUAUAGCUACGGCUCAGAGGACACCCACAGAGAAUUACUACCAGACUGUAGGAGUAAAGAGUGCUUACAGUCCAGCCCCCUCCACUGUGUACAGCCAACCUCCUCCUCCCCAGAGGCAGAUAACUGCCCUGAAACCUCUGGCACCCUCCAGCGCUGUGUCCACCAGCUACAACAUCUACCCAGUGUCCACCAGUGUCCAGCAGCCGCCCACACCCAUUUCAUCCUACACCCUCGGCUCCUCCUUUGGCUCCACUGUUCCAGCCACCACCUACUCAGGCAUUAGCUACUCCAGUUAUGAUUCAACCGGCUACACCUCCACAUCCGCCCCCUCCUAUUACCAGCCGGCCCAGCAGACUCUCACCCAGCCGCAGCCUCCACAUCAACAGCCCCAGCAGCCGCAACAGCCCCAGCCCAUCCAGCCCCCACCCAAGCAGCUGACAAGCUCUUCAUGGAGCAACUCAGGCAGCAACAUGGUGACUGCUCCAGCCGUAAACACCUACAAAAAGCCAACGUUUCACCAGAACAAGCUGCAGAAGCCCAAAGGGCCUCCCAAGCAGCCCCAGCUCCAUUACUGUGACAUUUGCAAGAUCAGCUGUGCAGGCCCUCAGACGUACCGGGAGCACCUUGAGGGCCAGAAGCAUAAGAAAAAGGAGGCAGCUCUUAAAUCUGGGGUGCAAACAGGGGCCAGCAACGGGCCCAGGGGGGUCCAGACUCAGCUACGCUGUGAGUUAUGUGACAUCUCCUGCACCGGAGUGGACGCCUACGCUGCCCAUAUCCGUGGGGCCAAACACCAGAAGGUGGUGAAACUUCACACCAAGCUGGGCAAACCUAUACCUUCCACUGAGCCAGUGUUGGUGAAUUCGGCUCCAGUUAUCGCAACGUCGACAGCUGGGAAACCUUCAGUCUGCACAUCCACUCCUGCCUCCGUCUCAACCACUUCAACUCCCUCUGUGACACCCAAACAGGUGGCUGUAAACGCCACGGUCAAAACAGCAGCACCAGUCAAGAAACCAGCUCCUUCCAAAAUAACUGUCAUUUCCAAUAAGCCUGCCAGCGCUCCAGCAGCUGCAGUGACAGCAGCAGUGGCGGUGGUGGCGGCUGCCAAGGUGGAGGAGCCCAUGCAACAGUCAGCUCAGAAGAUGGAGCCUCAGAGUGACGAUGAGGACAGUGACAGAGCUGGAGGCCAGGGAGACAUCCAGCCAGUAGGACACGACUACGUAGAGGAGGUCCGUAACGAUGACGGCAAGGUGAUUCGAUUCCACUGUAAACUCUGUGAGUGCAGUUUCAAUGAUCCCAACGCUAAAGACAUGCACCUGAAAGGAAGAAGGCACAGACUCCAAUACAAGAAGAAAGUGAACCCAGAGCUUCCUGUGGAGAUCAAGCCCAGUAACCGGGCCAGAAAGCUGCAGGAGAGCAAGCUGAAGAAGCAAAAGCAGAAGGCGGUGCUGAAGAGACAGAGAGACGAUGAGCAGCGCUGGCACAUGGAGAUGAGGCGAUAUGAGGAGGAUAUGUACUGGAGGAGGAUGGAGGAGGAGCAAAUGUACUGGGGAGAGCAGAGACGCAGGAUGGCGCCUCCACCGCUGAUGAGCCGCCCUGGUAUGCCAGUACCCCCUCUACUGACGUGUGUGCGUCGGCCAGACUCUCCUGAUGACCGUCACAUCAUGGCUAAACACUCAACUAUCUACCCAGUAGAAGAAGAGUUGCAGGCUGUUCAGAGGAUUGUCUCCCACUCUGAGAGAGCCCUAAAACUGGUGUCAGACUCCCUGCUGGAUAAGGAGACACCAUCCGUUACUACCGCUGCUACGGAAGGAGGAGAUGAAAAAGGUACUGAGAACUCAGCACGGCUGCUAAAAGGUGUGAUGAGGGUGGGCAUCCUGGCCAAAGGCCUGCUGCUUCGUGGGGACAGAAAUGUGGAGCUCAUCCUGCUGACUGCUAAGAAACCCACCAUCUCUUUACUGAAGAGCAUUGCCAAGCAGCUGCCCAAAGAACUGGAGACAUUUUCUGAAGAUCAGUAUGAGGUGCAGGCUCACCCCGAGGAGGCGAACAUCGUGAUAUUUUCAAGCAAGGAGCCCAAAAUGCAGGUGACCAUUUCUCUCACCUCGCCGCUGAUGAGGGAGGACACUGCUGCUGAGAAGGACAAGCAGGCAGGAGGAAAAGCGGCUGAGAAAGAUGUGGCUGAGAAGGACCCUCCUGAUCUUCUGAAUAAGAAGAAAUGUCUGGAAUACCUUGCUGCUCUCCGUCACGCCAAAUGGUUUCAGGCUCGGGCCAACGGGCUACAGUCCUGUGUGAUCAUCAUCCGGGUGCUGAGAGAUUUAUGUCAGCGGGUUCCCACCUGGGGGAAGAUGCCCGGCUGGGCGAUGGAGCUGCUGGUGGAGAAAGUGAUCAGCAGUGCUACAGGCCCGCUCAGCCCAGGAGAAGCCAUGCGCAGAGUCCUGGAGUGCAUCUCCACAGGCAUCCUGCUACCAGAUGGACCAGGGUUGAUGGACCCCUGUGAGAAAGAGCCAACAGAUGCUAUGGAAAACAUGAUGCUUCAAGCCAGAGAAGACAUAACUGCCAGCGCACAGCAUGCUCUGCGGCUGCUUGCUUUCCGUCAGAUCCACAAGGUUCUAGGCAUGGAGUCUCUGCCGGCGUCCAAGGCCAGCGCUCGCAACCGCAAACGUCGCCGGGACGGCAGCGACACAGGCGAAGGGGAGGGGGAAGGCAAAAAAGACAAGAAGGAAGAAGCAGAGUGUGCUUGACCUCUGCCUGCAGUGUGGGGGCGUUUGCUAGUUUAGAGACUGGUAGAAUGUCAAAACUUUUCUUAUCUUGGAAACAAUCUUAACACGCAGCUAUACACAUAUGAAUAUAACUGACUGUACACGUCUGCCCUUGAAUUAAGAGGAAUAAUGUGUUGGAGGAGGAGACUGAAGUUUGAGAAUCUGUACUGCAAUUCCUUCUCCCGUAUAAUAAGUGUCUUUUAAAGUGUGCAGAGAAAAUUGGCUCAGUAAAAAAUCAUGAAAAUGACUGAUUACAUCAUUCCAUUCCACUAUAAUUUCACACUAACUACUGAUUAUCCCUCUCCUCUUUAUUCACAACAGUUAAACCUCCAUUGUCAACUACUGUUGUACUGUUUUCUAUGAUAUUAAAGCCUCCAGUUAAAUCAUCAGCACCUUAAGGUUUAUUUCCAGCUUUUCUCUUUGAAGAAGAGUUUGAACUCAACUGCUCUCCAGGCCAGUGCACUUGUACCAUCCAACUCUUGAGUCAGGACUCGCUGAACUAACGUUGGUUCAUGACAUUUAUACACUGAAAUGUGUUUUUCACUCUGUGUUUAAAUGAAAAAAAGAUGGGGGUUUAAGUUUUUGAAGCUUUGAAACUGUGAGAGAUCAGAGAAGACUGACUGUGUUUAGGAUCUACAUACAUACAGUACUGUGAUGUUCAUUGUGCCUAAGAUGACGCAUUAGUGAUAAAAUAGUCUGAUGCUGUUGAGCGAAGUCUGUCCUGAGCUCUUUUUGCUGUGUGACAUUUCCUCCUGACACAUUUUGAAAACUUGAGAGAUAAGUUGAUAGAGUUGGGAAAUCCAAAGGCCCUGCAUCAAAAUAACUUCCCCUUUUGAAAAUACCGUUAAGGUGUUGCAAGAAACAAAGACAAAGAAGCUCUGCUUUGUGCAGCAUCCCCAUCACACUGAGAGUAGAUCAGUCUGAAGAGAGAGAAGUCUUGUGUUGCACAGUCUGUAGCAUGCUGAGGGAAUGAAGCACUUAGGAAAUGACAAUGUUACUGUAUGCAGCCAUAAUUUUAUCAUUUAAAUAAUAUGCCUAGUAAUAUUUUUUUCUUCCAGAGUACAGUUAGCAGAAGAGAGAAGCUUUAGUCUAAAAAAAAUAAGACUGAAUAUCUACUGUAUUGAUCAAGUAGUCCUUUGACUUUCUUCCUUGUGCCUGCAUCAAGUUGUGUGUUACAAAAAAUUGAGUAAGGGGAACAUUUAUGAGUUGUGAGGUUAAUAUUGUAAUGAUCUUAUGUCACCAAGAUGUAGGAGAGGAAGGGGACAGUUGCGCAAUUCUUGUGGCUUAAAAGUUGAUGUGAGAGAAUUACUGUGCCGUUUUAGUUUGAUUUUCAUUCAUCAAGAGCUUCAUAUAAGUAUUGCUUAUUUUAUGUCACAAUCUAUUUUGUAUUGUUUAACGGAAAGUGUGAACGUUGCUGUCAUAUGAUUUGAAUGUCUUUGUAGUGUUGCCUAAAAUUAAGGGGAGAUAUUAAAACACUUUUAAGCCA